AUGAACCAGCAAAAUAGACUGUCGAAAUUGGCCAGUGAUAAACCCGUUUCAACUCGCAUUAUUGAUGAAAUACUUCGGCUUUUUAACAAUGAUGGUGAUUUCUACGUUUCUUUUGGUCGGAACUUAACACUGAACACACAGAGGUCUUUCUUAAUAAUUUCGGCGUAUUUUUUCUUUCAUAGCGGGUUGUUUGAAUCUGUUAUAAACUUUUUUUACAGCCUUACUGUCACUAUGAUUUCGCGAAGAUCUAUUGAAAGAGCUGGAGUGAGAUAUUUACGGAGGGGCGUAGACGUUGAUGGAAAUGUCGCAAACUUUGUAGAAACGGAAGUUAUCUUAACUGUUUUUGGUUCUUCUAAAGUCAAUUUACAUAUUCGUGGUUCGGUCCCCAUUUUCUGGAAACAGAGAGGAUUUCGUUACCGCCCUCCGCUCAUUAUCGAUAAACCUAUGUCUUCUUCGUUCCCCGCAUUCGAGAAACAUAUGGAUGGACUGGUCAAUUUGUAUGGAUCACCACUGGUGGCGGUUUGCUUGCUGGACCAAACUGGGAGGGAAUUGGGACUUGGCCUUUCCUACCUGCAACACGUUCUCGAGAAAGAUUCUUCCAAAUAUGGUUACUACGCUUUUGACUUUCACUCGCAGUGUCGGGCGCUGCGGUUUCAAAAGGUGGAAAAUUUGGUCAAUGCUUUGCAUGAUCAGCUGAAAACCAUCUCUUUUUGUUGGGUGGAUAAAACGAACCACAUGGCUUGUGAGCAGUCUGGUGUAGUUCGAACUAACUGCGUCGACUGCCUAGACCGUACUAAUGUUGUUCAGGGCUCUAUUUCGCAAGCUGUAUGCCUCCUACAGUUACGAAAGCUCGGUUUGAUUGGUCCACUUUCUCAGUUGCCUGAGAACUUUGUACGGAUGCUCCAAAGUAUGUGGGCUGAUAACGGUGAUGCGGUCUCACGACAGUAUGCUGGAACAAAUGCUUUAAAAGGUGACGUAACUAGAUGUGGGCAGAGGGGACUGGUUGGAAUUGUACGUGAUGGUUACAACUCAGCUUCGCGCUAUUAUUAUUCACACAUGAAGGACUCACAUAGGCAGAUGACUAUUGAUGCUCUACUUGGCAGGUCGACAGAGCCUUCAACUGAUGAAUCUGUUGAUUUGGUUGAAGAAGGUGAAAAAGAGGAGGAUGAGAGCGAAAACAUUGGACGGUUGGUGAACGAAACUGCACGUUUCCUUCUCAGUGAGAAUGAAAUCCUGCUGGCUUUCUUUGAAGUAUUGCUUACAAUCACAUUUCAUCUUCACUACUUAAAGUCUAUUCAGUUUGAUGAAUUAAAAUCUAUUGAACUUGGACCUCUCGAAGGUUCAAAAAAAGUGCAUUUAUAUAAGUGUUUACAAAACUUUGGAUUUGUUUUACUUUUUAGGAUUAUUACUUCUACACCUCAGUACUAUACUUUGAGAGCUCCAAAGACUCGUUUGUUCAACAAUACAGCGAUACCUAUGAAAAGUGAAGAGGAGGCAAAUGAGUACGUUCAAGCUAUAGCAGAACAGAUUAAAACUACGGUCAACCUGACUGGAGGGAACGUUUAUUUGACAACUCUUCGAGUUCUGGGUAACUGUCCUCUGAAGAGAAGGUCUCUCCUUUUUUUUUGCAUUUGUAUCAUAAUCAUAAUUUUGAAAACUUUGUAA